AUGGCUUAUGAAAAACGCGUUAUCCAAUUCGGGUUUACAGUAGCGAACAAGCGGUCAAGAUUUGAAAAUCCAAUUUUUAUAGUAGCAAGCGAUGAUAUUAAAUGGACAACGGCGGUACUUCAGCAGCUCAGUGAAAAUGACACAUACUUUUUGAAGGAUUCUACAGCCGAAGUUGACAUGGCAACGUUAGCGUUGUGCAACCAUACCAUCGCAACCGUUGGGUCAUUUUCGUGGUGGACUGCGUACUUGACAGACGGACAAACUGUAUAUUACAAAGAGUGGCCUAAAAGGUUUUCUAGUCUAGAAAAACUUGUAGAACAUAAAGACUACUUUCUUCCUUUUUGGACUGGAAUGAAAUAA